CGUGACGUGUGCACAGGAAAUGGCCACGCAAGCGAGCGGAAUCACAACAUUGCAUUUUUGAAGUCUCUUUACUCGUCCUCGCAUCGUUAAACUGGAGCCUUUUAAACGACGCUUUCUCCACCGCGGCUGCUUUAACUGUCUCCGAGGAGCGUGUAGUUGCAUUCAAUCGAAAUAACUGUGUGCUAUGAAAACAUGUCGCUGGUCGCUGUGAGAGCUAACCACCAGCAGCAUGUAGCUACCAAAUGGCUGUUCGGCUGUGAUGUGUGUCACCGUUCAAAAUGACAAGAAGACGAGCGAAACAGUGAGGCGGUUAGGUAACAGCAUGUGACACACAAGCUCUCUGCACAUCAUCAACAACAACAACAACAACAACAACAAAGUUUGGUUAUUUAAAAAAAUAAAAAUAAAUAAAUAAAUAAAAGAUGCCUCGUCUGGAGGAGUUGGCCAACGUUGCCCUCAGGGUGCCGAGCAUACUGGUGCUGGACCUGCUGUACAAAUGUGACAUUGAAGGUCUCACGGAUCACCUCAAGGCCAAAAAUGAAGACAUGCUCUUCAAAUAUAAGUAUGUCAUCUGGAACAUGUACUACCUUGGUCAUCUGAUAAAUGUGGUAGUGUUGGUUCUGCCAUUGAGACACAUUGUGACGCUCUACCUCCAUAUCCUCGCUGCCCUUCUUCUAUACAUGGGGCAUCAGAUUUCCAAGGAUUAUGUUCGUGAGGAGCUGCAGUACGGUUAUGAAGGAGCAGUUUACCUUGAUUCUCUGGCCUUCAAUAGAUUUGUCUCUGCAAUGACUAGUCAGAUUAUUCUCAGCACGCUGUGUGCCUUCCUGAUGAAGACCAGAAAGGUGUGGUUGUUCUCCGCUCACAUCCUCCCCCUGCUGGCCAGACUGUGCGCUGCUCCUCACGCCACUCUGUUAACUGUCAACACUUUCUCAAUGGGACUGACUGGAGCUGGAAUCACAGUGUUCCUCCUCUCACAUCUCUUUCUGCCAUAUCGCCUCGCAAGGGCUGCCUAUUCAGAGCUGCUGCAGCUGGAGGUGAUCGAGCUGUACAGACUUCUGGCUGUGGGAAUCUCUCUGUGGAACCAGUUUGCUGUCCCAGUGCUCUUCAGUGUCUUCUGGUUUGUUCUGUUCGUUGUCCAGCUGUGCUCAGACACCAUGUCUGGCAACGCCUCAGCAGGCCAUCAGGGAAUCAUGUUCUUCCUGCUCACAAGUGUCUCUGAAUGUUGUGCCACACCGUACUCUCUUCUGGGUCUGACCUUCGUGGUGUCCUAUCUGGCUCUUGGUCUGCUCAACCUAUGCAAGUUCUACCUGGGAGGUUAUACAGCUGUUCAGAAUGAGAACGUCAUGCACAGAGGUGUGACUGAAGGUGUCACCCUGCUCCUGCUCGCCCUUCAGACGGGUCUGUUAGAUAUGCAGGCACUGCAGCGCACCUUCCUCCUCAGCAUCAUCCUCUUCAUCGUGGUGACUUCAACCCUGCAGUCAAUGAUUGAAAUAACAGAUCCGGUUAUUCUGGCCCUCGGUGCAUCCAGAAACAGGAGUGUUUGGAAACACUUCCGCGGCCUCAGCAUGUGUCUGCUUCUCCUGGUUUUCCCAGUUUUUAUGGCUUAUAAAAUCUCCCAGUUCUUCCACAUGGACUUCUGGCUCCUUAUACUGGUGUCUAGCUGCAUGCUGACUUCCCUUCAGGUUACAGGCACUAUGCUGAUCUACUCCCUCUUCAUGGUGGAGCUGUUUCGCAGCGACCCGAUCGAGAGCCUGGACGAAGUGAUCUACUGGGUGAACGCCGUCAGCAGGGUGCUGGAGUUUGUGGUGGCGCUCUGCGUGGUGGCGUACGGCACGUGGGAGUCGCUGUUCGGGGAGUGGAGCUGGAUGGGCGCCUCCGUCAUUAUCAUCCACUCGUACUUCAACGUUUGGCUCCGAGCUCAGUCUGGCUGGAAGAGCUUCCUGCUCAGACAGGAAGCGGCUAAGAAGAUCAACUCCCUCCCCAGAGCCACGGCUCAGCAGCUGCAGCAACACAACGACGUCUGUUCCAUCUGCUUCCAGGAAAUGAGCGCUGCUGUUAUCACAUACUGCGGACAUUUCUUCCAUGGCAACUGCCUCCGCAAGUGGCUGUACGUGCAGGAGACCUGUCCCAUGUGCCACCAAACGGUCCGACCCAACCCGCCAGGCCAGAGCCAGGCUUCAGGCGAGGCUCCGGCAGCUCCAACUCAGAGAGAACCAGGGCCAGAACCGCCUGCACAAGAUGUAGAUCAGAACCGGGACAACGGCACGUCCCGAGAGACACAGAGCGAAGCUGUAACUCCUGAUCCCGCCGAGCAGCAGGAGCAGACGGGAAGCUUUGGGGAUGGAGACUGUGGGGCUGAAAAUAAAGACCAAACAGAAGAAGCUGUCCAAGGUCUUCGUUUCAGCUCCAGUGGAGACUUUGUAGGAUUUGUUAGCCCAGUGUCAAGCUGCUCUUCGGGGGGCAUUUCUAGUUCCCAUGUGCUACUGGGUAAAACUUCUUCUCAUAACAUGCAAAAUCAAGGUGAGGAGAGUGGCAAUGACUCACCACUGCCAUUAACUUGUAAUGCUGUGAACGAGAACGCGGUGGAGGGCCAAUCUGACUCUAACGGAGCAGAAUUUGAAGCUACUUUCUGUCCUAGAGGGCCACAAAACAGCAAAGGCAGCUGCUAUGGGACUCCUAAAUCAUGGAACAGCCUCGGUACAACUGAAUUAAACAAUGCUGACAACAAUCUUGAGGCCCUUGGUGUGAGCCUCGUCGAUAGCCAAACAUCUGUCAAAUCAUGUAAUGAAAACUCAGAACUCUUAGACUGCACUGACGGACCUCAGACUCAUAAAGGUAACGGCACAUAUUCGGACUUGGACGGGCUCAGAGAGGCAGAAACUGUCCCACAGAUGUCCUCAUGCACAAGCACAGACAACAGUGACUGACUGCCCUGCAUCAGUGCCUUGAAGGGGUAAAAAAAGGGUGAUCCUCCUGUACUGGGGAAUUAAGCACAUUUGCCUUCUUUCUGUGAAUCAAUAGGAAAAGAAUAUAUUUUACUUUGACAGUGUACUGUCAGUUGAGCAAAUAACAUGCAUCUGGAUUGAAUAUAGGGACUAAAUUUUGUGUUGGGUUAAAAUGACCCUUAUUGUGCAACUGUAAAGAAAUUGUAAAAUCUAAUUCAUAGAGAUUACGUGUAACUAUAAAGCAAUUAUCUUACGUCGAUAUUUACCAAAUUCUACCAGGUUACGAGUGAAGAUGUUUACUUAGAAAAAUUAAAUGACUUUUGAUUUAUGUUUUUCCCCAGUGUCCUGGUAGUUGUCUUGUUUAGCAUUUUUGUGAAUGCAAUGUGGCAAAAGGAAAAGCUUCAGCGGUUGUUUUUGUUAUUAAUGAAUCAGCGUUUUGUACUGCAAAGGUUCUCUGUCUGACCAGUAUUUUUAUUUUUUACUGUAGUUUCUAUAUGAAUUAAUAAAACCACGGCAGGUGCACGGUGAGGCUGGCAUUGCGUGCCAGAUUUCUUAAGUCUAAACACAACAUUACUUCUGUAGCCUUAAGCUAAGAGAGUCCAGAUGACAUUUUUUGGCUGAUAUAUUGAUUCGGAGAUAAUAAAGUAUUCUACAUCA